CGAUCAUGUACAACUCGGAACCUACUUCACUUCUUAUCUCUGAUUGAAAGUGACACUUGUAUUGUUCCUCAAUCUCUGCUCUCUUGCAAAAAUGGCGAUGAAGGGUGCGAUUGUCUCUGCUGCUAAGGCCACUGCUCCAUCUUCCACCUUAUUCUCCAGGCACCUCCACGCAUCUCCGGGGAGCAAGAAGAUUGUUGGGGUGUUCUACAAGGCCAAUGAGUAUGCCAAACUCAACCCCAACUUUUUGGGUUGUGAGGAAAACGCUUUGGGAAUAAGGGACUGGCUGGAAUCUCAGGGACACAAGUAUAUUGUUACUGAUGACAAGGAGGGACCAAAUUGUGAGCUUGAGAAGCACAUUGAGGAUAUGCAUGUCCUGAUCACAACCCCUUUCCAUCCUGCCUAUGUCACGGCGGAGAGGAUUAAAAAGGCCAAGAAUUUGCAGCUUCUUUUGACUGCCGGAAUUGGCUCUGAUCACAUUGACCUCAAGGCUGCUGCGGCAGCUGGACUGACGGUUGCUGAGGUCACUGGAAGCAAUACAGUGUCGGUUGCGGAAGAUGAACUCAUGAGAAUCCUCAUUCUUGUGAGGAACUUUGUUCCAGGGUAUCAGCAGGUUGUUAAUGGGGAGUGGAAGGUUGCAGCCAUUUCUCAUAGGUCUUAUGAUUUGGAAGGGAAGACUGUUGGUACUGUAGGAGCUGGAAGAAUUGGCAAGCUUUUGAUGCAAAGAUUGAAGCCUUUCAACUGUAAUAUCCUCUAUCAUGACAGACUAAAGGCUGAUGCCGAAUUUGAGAAAGAGACUGGGGCUAAGUUUGAGGAUGAUCUUGAUAAGAUGCUUCCUAAAUGUGAUGUUGUUGUUGUCAAUACCCCCUUAACAGAAAAAACAAGGGGGAUGUUUGAUAAAGAGAGAAUUUCCAAGCUUAAGAAGGGAGUCCUGAUUGUGAACAAUGCCCGAGGGGCAAUCAUGGACACUAAAGCAGUUGUUGAUGCUUGCAACAGUGGACACAUAGCAGGAUACAGUGGUGAUGUCUGGAACCCCCAACCAGCUCCCAAAGACCAUCCAUGGCGUUACAUGCCAAACCAUGCCAUGACCCCUCAUAUAUCUGGCACCACAAUUGAUGGACAGUUGCGUUAUGCUGCUGGUACCAAGGACAUGCUUGACAGGUACUUCAAGGGAGAAGACUUUCCGUCUCAGAACUACAUUGUCAAGGAGGGCAAGCUAGCUAGCCAGUACCAGUGAGGAGUUUGUUUCUGAAUAAUGUUGCCAGAAGCUUUUUUUAAGGAAGAAUAAUGUUGCUGAUGUAGUUAGGGUCUGCGCACCCAAUGUCGUCACAUCUUUCUUUUUCUUUUUUCGAUUAGGAAACCUAGUUUGAUCCAAGCAUGCAUACUGUACCAUGUGUAUGUGAGACUUG